AUGGCAGCGGCGAGGCCGCGGCGGGGCGGCGCCGGGGCCGCCCUAGCGCGGGCGCUGUCGGGCGGAGCCGGUGCGGCCAGGGCGGAAGCGGGUGAGGGAGUGGGGCGAUGCGAGGGCCGGCGGGUGCGGCAAGGCGCCGUGGGGGAAACCGGUGGCCAGGGGCGGCCGGAGCGGCGGGGCUGCAAGGGCGGGGCGGGCGGGGGCGCACAACAGCAGAAGCCAGGGGCGGCGGCGACGGGCGGUGACCGGGGAGCAGCAGGGGAAGCGGGCGGCAAGGCGGAGCAGUGCGAGGGAGGCAUGGGCGCGGCAGGGCCGCGGUGA